AUGUAUGCGAUGUCUAUUAGUGGAGAGGGUGCUCAGUACUUGCGUGUUCCGCCCGACCCGGGCAUUCAGGCCAGUCCGGCUGCCGCUCUAGGUGCUAGUGCGUCUGCUCCCACAGGUCCUGGUGAGGCUGCUGCCCUAGGUGCUCGUGCGUCCGUCCCCCCUGGUACUGAGUCGACUGCAGCACUGCACACCUUCACACUGGACUCAGGUGCUUCUCGCUCCUUCUUUCGUGACCGCACUGUCCUUGAGCCACUAGCUCGGCCAGUUGCUGUCUCCCUUGCUGACCCCUCUGGGGGUCCGGUCAUUGCGACCUCCUCCACUGUCCUUCCUUGUCCGGCGGUCCCGUCCGGCACGCUGUCAGGUCUCUACCUCCCCUCGUUCUCUACGAACUUGGUGGCAGGUAGUGCGCUCCAGGAUGGGGGUGUUCACCAGUUCACCCCUGCCUACGAGCGUGUGACACACUGCACGUGUGCUCGGACGGGUCGCCACCUGGCUACCUUCACUCGGGAGCCGGGGUCGGACCUUUACACACUGACCACUGAGUCCCCUCAGGUAGCUGCGUCCGCGUCUGCGUCUGCGUCAGGUCAGCUGUCCGCCCCCUGCUCGUGUCGCUCUCUGGCGCAUGAGACUGUCCUUUGGCACCACCGCCUUGGUCACCCGUCUGUGCAGCGCCUUCGGGCCAUGCACAAACGGGACCUUGUUGCUGGUCUUCCCAGGGUGCUCCCUCCCCUUCCCGACUCGCCUGCUCCUCCCUGUAUUCCCUGUGUCGAGGGACGGCAGCGCGCCGCUCCUCACUCCUCCUCCUUUCCCCCGACGACUGCUCCCUUGCAGACGCUCCACAUGGACGUGUGGGGCCCAACCCGCGUCCGUGGUCAGGGUCAGGAGAGGUACUUCCUGAUUGUUGUUGACGACUUCUCGCGCUACACCACGGUCUUCCCCUUGCGCGCCAAGGGUGACGUCCCUGAUGUCUUGAUCCCUUGGAUCCGCAGAUCUCGUCUCCAGCUCCGUGAGCGUUUCCGCUCCGACUUCCCUGUCCUGCGUCUGCACUCUGACAGAGUCCGAUACGCUGCGCAUCAGCUCAACCUCUGGCCCCGUGUCUCCUUGCCCGAGACUUCUCCGACACUGCGUUGGACGGGAGAGGCUGGCGAUGCGUCGCGUUUUCGGGUCUGGGGAUCCCGAGCUUUUGUCCGCGACACGUCCGCGGACAAGCUCUCCCGUCGCGCUGUCCCCUGCGUCUUCCUUGGCUUUGUCCCGGACGCCCCUGGCUGGCAGUUCUACCACCCCACCUCGCGUCGUGUCCUGGCCUCUCAGGACGUCACUUUUGAUGAGUCCGUCCCCUACUACCGCCUCUUCCCCUACCGCACUGCCCCGCUCCCCCCCCCGCCUCUCUUCCUCGCUCCAGGUGCUGAGGUACCAGACCCCCUCCCCCCUCAGGGUGCCGCUCCCUCAGGUGUGUCCCAGGUAGACCCGGGUGAGCCUGUCGAGGUAGCUGUUGACUCUCGUCCUGCUAGGGGUGCUGAGCCUGGGGGUGCUGCGUCUGGGGGUGCUGAGCCUGGGGGUGCUGCGUCUGGGGGUGCUGAGCCUGGGAGUGCUGAGUCUGGGGGUGCGGAGCCUGGGGGUGCUGAGCCAGGAGGUGCGGAGCCUGGAGGUGCGGAGCCUGGAGGUGCUGAGCCUGGGGGUGCUGAGUCUGGGGGUGCUGAGCCUGAGCGUGCUACACCUGGAGGAGCCCUCUCCUCCCAGCAGCUGCAGGAGAGGUACCUCGAGUACUGCCGCCUCCGGAGAGGUGCUGCUGGAGCUCGUCCCGGUACUUCCCCUCCUACCCAGGAGCUCCCCCCCAUUCAGCAGAUCCGCGAGUGGUACACACGGCGCUGCAGUCUUCGGAGUGGUGCUCCUGGUGCUGCGGACCCUGGGGGUGGCGCUGCUGCUGGUGCUGAGGACCCGGACGUGGGAGCUGCUGCUGGUGCUGCGGACCCGCCUGGUGGAGCUGCUGCUGGUGCUGAGGACUCGGACGUUGGAGCUGCUGCUGGAGCUGAGGACCCGGGCGGUGGCGCUGCUGCUGGUGCUGAGGACCCGGACGGUGGAGCUGCUGCUGGUGCUGAGGACUCGGACGGUGGAGCUGCUGCUGGAGCUGAGGACCCGAGCGGUGGCACUGCUGCUGCUGCUGAGGACCCGGGCGUUGGAGCUCCUACUGGUACUGAGGACCCGGCCGCUGGAGUCUCCUCUGCUUCCGGAGACGCUGUGCGGCCGCGACCGUACUUCGUACCGCUCCUUCAGCAGGUUCUUGGGCAGACUCCUCCUCCUUGUCCUCCUCCCUCCGUAGAGUGUCCUCCGCCUGUCCAGCCGCAGUCACAGUUACCACCUACCUCGCCUCUCCCUGCUCCCUCUCCUUACACUGGUCCCACAGGAGGUCUUACAGAGCGUCGUGAGCCUGAGUCUCGUCCUGCGUCGCCUGUUCGUCGUGCUCGCACUGGUAGUCAUGUCCGUCGUGAGCGUCCUCCUCCUGUCCCAGGCACUCACUACAUGACUCUGCGUCCCUCUACUGCUCCUCAGCGUGUCCCUCUACCGUCUCCUCCUGCUUCCUCUUUGCCUGACGUUCCGGACCCUGAGUCUGACCGGUAUCGUGCUGAGCACCCCACUGUCACGCGUUUCCUUGCUACUGUUGUCACUGACCCUUCCUUUGAGUCCUCUGCUGCGUCUGCUCUGGUCGCUGAGUUGGUUGACUUUGCUGCUGCCUGUCGUCUAGACUACGCUGCUAGCCUUGUUGCUGAGUCUGAGUCUGAGUCUGUCUGUCCUCCGUCCGUCGGGGCCAUGGACGCCGAGAUGGCUUCCUGGAAGUCCACACACACCUACGUCGACGAGGUUCCCCCUCCUGGGGCGAACAUCGUCAGUGGCAUGUGGAUUUUCAGGGUGAAGCGGUCGCCGGGUUCUCCGCCUGUCUUCAAGGCGCGUUACGUGGCUCGAGGCUUCAGUCAGCGAGAGGGAGUUGACUUCUUCCAGACCUUCUCCCCCACCCCGAAGAUGACCACUCUUCGGGUGCUGCUGCACAUAGCCGCUCAGCGCGACUACGAGCUUCACUCACUUGACUUCAGCACUGCUUUCUUGCAGGGCAGCCUGCACGAGGAGAUCUGGCUGCGCCGCCCACCUGGCUUCACUGGGUCGUUUCCUCCUGGUACCCAGUGGAGGCUUCAGCGGCCGGUCUACGGUCUCCGCCAGGCUCCGCGUGAGUGGCACGACACACUGAGGACUACACUUGCGGCUCUUGGGUUCGCGCCUUCUACAGCUGACCCGUCGCUGUUCCUGCGCACCGACACUUCGCUGCCGCCGUUCUACAUCCUCGUGUACGUCGACGACUUGGUCUUUGCCACUGCUGACACUGCAGGACUCGCUCACGUGAAGUCGGAGCUGCAGAGGAGACACACGUGCACAGACCUGGGUGAGCUGACAAGCUAUCUUGGCUUGCGGAUCACCCGGGACAGAGCACGGCGCACCAUCACCCUGACUCAGUCACACAUGGUGCAACAGGUCCUUCAGCGCUUCCGCUUCACGUACUCCUCGCCUCAGUCCACUCCUCUGCCUACCGGUCACUCGCUCUCAGCUCUGCCUUCGGAUGAGUCCGUAGAGCCGAGUGGCCCGUAUCCAGAGCUUGUGGGCUGCCUCAUGUACCUGAUGACCUGCACUCGACCUGACCUUGCAUACCCUCUUAGCAUCCUUGCACGCUAUGUCGCUCCUGGCCGUCACAGGAAGGAGCACAUGGAUGCCGCUAAGAGGGUGUUGCGCUACUUGUGCAGUACGUCGGGCAUGGGGCUUGUGCUUGGAGGGCGAGACCGAGUUGUUCUCACAGGGCACUCAGACGCUUCUUGGGCAGAUGACCAGGCCACUCAGCGGUCGUCUCAGGGUUACACCUUCAGCCUUGGCUCUGGCUCAGUUUCUUGGCGCUCUACGCGCUCUUCUUCUGUUCUCGGCUCCAGUUGUGAGGCUGAGAUCUACGCCACAGCCAUGGCUGCUCAGGAGCUACGCUGGCUGACCUACUUGCUGACCGACCUCGGAGAGCGGCCUCGUUCUCCUCCAGUGCUGUACGUCGACAACAAGGCUGCCAUUGCCUUGUGUGAGGAGCACAGACUGGAGCACAGAACGAAGCACAUCGCCCUGCGGUACUUCCUUGCUCGAGAGUUGCAGCAGCGUGGUCAGCUUUGUAUUCGCUACGUGGCCACUGAGGCCAACACUGCUGAUGUGUUCACCAAGGCGCUUCAGCCUCGUGACCAUCAGCGCUUCUGCACUCUACUAGGCCUUGUGCCUACUGGACCUCACUUGCUUACCUCUUGA